UUUCCUAGUAAUAGCGCAUCGCAUGUCAGCAUCUUGGACGGACAAUCAACAUCACUUAUUCCAGCUGUUGAAAAAAAAUGAGCGCGUUUCAUGCCAGCAGCUCUUGGGACCCUUCAGUUCAGCAUCUGAUCGCGUCGCAGUGGCAAUGUUUUUCGCAAAUGAUGUGAUUUUCUGGUUAGUUUUUGGGUUGUCUUGAAUCUGAAUCGCAUAUAUCCUGUCCGGUAUGAAAAUUGUAUUCGGCUCCGUGGUCGUCGGAGGGGGGUUGACGGGUGUUCUCAGUUUCAGCUGUUUGGCGCUCGCCAUUGGAACUGAAUACUGGUACAUCAUUGAAGACAAGCGCAUGAACCACACCGACCCGGCGCACACGCACUCUGGUCUUUGGGGAGUUACGGAUGAUGUCCAAAGUCAUACAGAAGACACUUCAAGAUAUUCAGAAUCAGAGAGGGAAAUGGAGAUCAUGCAUAGUGUGAUUGCCAUAUUACUGCCCCUGAGUCUGAUGAUGCUGGUGUUUGGAGCAAUCUGUGGCCUCGUCAGUUCUCUAGCCAGAAGCCGGACACUCCUGCUCGGAUCUGCUUCAUAUUUCCUUCUCUGCAGUCUUCUCACUCUCUCUGGUGUGAGUCUGUACAUCAGGUACUCUCAGAAGGCUCUCGAAGAGACUGAAAGGCGGAUGGGGCGUGAACAGAUGGCUCAGGUGCACACAUCAUUUGGCUGGUCUAUGGGCAUGGCCUGGCUCUCCUUUCUUCUGGAAGUGAUCACUGGGCUUCUCCUACUGCUGGCUGCCAGGUUGGCUCCUUUAGCCCAGUACGAAGAGUCAGUUGGUCCUAUAUAGCGCUACUCCCCCACCCCCACAUACAUGUCCAUUUCAGGCAAGGUAAAAAAGUAUUCGAUGUGUCUAUUUGCAUCCCGGUGUAAAUAGCAACUGCCACACAGGUAGGUAUUUGCACCCCAGUAGUCUGGUGGAACAGAAAUAUUAGGGAUGUAACAAUCCAUCGAUCUUGAUCGAUGCAUCGAUCAAUUAACCAACGAUGCGAUGUCAUCGAUACAACCAGGGCUGUAACCACAAUAUACUUUGAGGGGGAAAAUAAUCAGAAAUUGCGCAGAGCGGCUCACAUAUGCGAGUAAAUUGGGCUUCCCUCAAUAUCAUGGCACAUGCGACACAUUUGAAUUCUGCAUGAGAAUUUUCACUUUUAAAGUGCUUUGGAGCAAUUCAGCCAUGUCAAAUGGCUAAUGAGCCCCGAUAUUCUGAACAGAGCUGACGAGGUAAAGAGAAAACACCUGCCCUGCUGCACCCAAAUCGAUUAGAAGACUUUUCACAUCUUCUCAUCAACCUUACUAACAUUUAUCACAGUAAAAUGUAACAGAAUUUUUCAAUACAACCGUGGAAGUUGUAGCUAAGAAAAAACAGGGAUAGCACAUACUCUCCUGUUCUGGGUAUUUUGGAUUGAAAGACUUGAUUGACUGCUGUAAAGAUGAAAAAUUGUCACUGUAGUGUUUACCUCAUUCCACAAGGCAAUGAGCUGUCAUCAAACGAUUGAUGAUCACUUGUAUGUGAUUGUAUGACUAUUUUUUAUUAUUUAUUUAUUUUUUGUUUUAACUGAAGAACCUUAUUUUGUUGUGGGUGUUCCAAUGUGGAUACUGGAUUUGCAUUUUCAGAGAGCUCAAUAAAAUAUUAAAAUUAUAUUUUGGUUGUGUUUUUGACAUAAUAAAUGUAAUUGAUUAUGCAAAAUAGGCACAUAAAAUCAUUAUAUCGAUCACAGGCCCCUGAAUCUAAUCUAAUCGAAAUCAUAUCGUGGCAGACUUUGAGGUAUCGCAAACAUCGGAUCGCUGGCUAAGAGAAUUGAUACAAGAUCGUAUCAUGAUGAAACUGCUGAAUUAAACCCCUAAGAAAUAUACGACAAAUUAACCAAUAGUAGCGUGGGAUGUAAAGAUGGUGUGUGAAUGUGUAGUGUUGUCCUAGUGACCGCGGUUCUAAUUCUCCUUUUGUCCCACCUUUUGUCCCAUCCGAUUUCCUGUUUCCACUCUUAAUAUUUGGUUUAACCCUCUGGGGUCUGAGGGUGUUUUGGGCCCUGGAGAAGU